AAACAAACGUCUAGUCAUCCAUAUUGUCUCUACCCAAUCAUUCGUAAACACUGAAAAUACCGCUUUGCCCUCCUUUUUCGCUCCAUAUUCGCAGGGAAUAGAACCAACUAAAUUGGCAUUCCUAUAAAACAAAUCUCAUUGACUGAGCGGACGGAGGAUCUCCCGGAAAUAUUCCCAAUUAAAACCCCUAUUCCAAACACUCAUAACCAUGGAUCUUGCCGCUUCCUGUGAUGUGGUCAUCGAAGAAAUCAAUAGUAAUGAUGUCCCCGAAGAAGAACUAUCCCAAUUCCAGGAGACAGAACCAUUAAAAGUCCUUCAACUUAUUUCAGAUGAUGACGAAGAUGAGGGCAAUCUAAUACAAAAAUUUGUUCAUGGUGAAGCUGAUUUUCCCGAUUUCUAUACCAAACUGGAUCCACACGAACAGCCAGACGAUGAAGAUGAUGGCGAAGAAGAUGAAGAGGAGGAGGAUGGUGAUGCAGAAAUGGGUACAAGUGAUAUCAACGAUAUUAGAAGCUCGCAGGAGAGAGAAAUGCAAGAGCAAGCCGAGUUUAAGGCAAAUAUAAUGCAAGGUUUUCCAAACAUAGAACUACCACCGGGAGCAUUGAACUUUUCCAAUAUGACCGUGCCAAAGCGAAAAAAACAAUCACGAAAAGAUCGCAAAAUGGACGCUGAUGACAUACCGAGCACCAGUCGCCGAGUACGAUCUACUAGCUCCACUAGCACCGGUGGAGUACGCAAACGAUCGCUGCUCAAUGUGGCCCUACAGGGUUUGAUGGGUGAGGCAAAUUUGUGCUUUGCGCGUGGCCAAAUACAGAUGGCUGAAAAAAUUUGUUUGGAAAUUAUACGUCAAAAUCCCUUGGCCCCCGAACCCUUCUUUACAUUGGCGGAAAUUUACGAGUCACGGGAUACGGAGAAAUUUUUAAAUUUUCUUACAAUUGCUGUCCAUUUGAAUCCCAGCGAUCGUUACCAAUGGAUACGUAUUGCCGAGAUGCACAUAGCACAGGGCAAUUUGCAGAGAGCACGAAUAUACUAUACGCGUGCCAUUAAGGUCCAUCCACGCGAUUAUGAUUUGCGUUUGCGUAAGGCCCGUCUCUUGGAUAUGAUGGGAGAGAAAACGGCGGCUCUAUUUACAUAUUUAAAAAUGAUACAACAUUGUCCGGUUGACAGACAUGAAUUGUGUUUGGUAACUGCCAAAAAUGUGGCCAAACACUUCCAUGGCUGCAACAAAUAUCAUUUGGCCUUGGAGGCCAUGCAAAGUGCCUACGGUGUGUGUGGCCAUCUCUUUAGUUUGGAAGAUUUAAAUCUCUACAUGGAGCUGUGUAUUAUCAACAAACAAUAUUUUAAGGUUCUACAAUGUUUGCGAGAAAGAACAAAUUUAGAACUGGAAACUGAAAAAGAGGAGCAAUUGGACUUGAUAUUCUAUUGUGUAAUACCCGAUGAUUAUUUACCCGAUUUCAGGGUAAAACUGUGUGUGGCCCUAAUCAAUCUUAAGGCCCACCAUUUACUGGGCUACUUGAUACAGAAUAUACAUGAACACAUACCUCCCCUGGAAACUGAUAGACUACAUCUAUAUUGCGAUAUUGCUGAAGCCCUUAUGCAGGAACAUAAAUAUGCGGAGGCAAUAUCCCUGCUGAGACCAAUAACCGACGGCGAUAUCAUUGAAUGUCCAGCAUUUAUUUGGCUAAAACAGGCCGAAUGUUUGAGACAUUUAAAUCGUUGCAACGAAGCCAUUGAGAGUUAUACCCGAGUGGUGGAAUAUGCACCAUAUUGUUAUGAGGCAAAAUUUACUUUAUCUGCUUUGUUGAAGCAACAGGGUAGGCAUAUAGAGGCGGUCAAAGCCUUGGAACAAUCGGGGGAACAUGAAGGCCAGCCAUUGCACGCACGCUUACUCUAUGAGAGGUGCAUAAUGCUACAACAAAUCAAUGAAAUCGAGGAGUUCCUGGAAAUCGGUUGUGUCUUACUAGGACGUCAGUCAAUUAAACUGCGGAAUCGCGAAGAAAUGCAAGCGGCAGCAAAUGGUGGGUCUUUCUAUAAUUCAGAAGGCCUCAAAGUUAUACUACAAAUGCGUAACAUAAUCGGUGAUGAAGCUGAUAAGGCAUUGGAGGUUUCCAAAAGUUCUUCCUCAAACAAUGCCACAGAUGACCUCUCCGUGCAUGAUGAAUAUCAACUGUUUUUGGAACUAAUGCGCAUUGGAUUCCUGCACAAGAACACAAGCAUAUUGGAAAGAAUGUGCUUUGCCAUGGUCACAACCAAACGUUUUGUUGGCUAUCAUGUCGAACUGGAGCGCAUCAUCAUAUUGGCCUGUUACUUUAACAAUGACUGUUCCAUUGCUUUUUCAUAUUUAAGGGAAUUGAUACACAAAAAUGCCAGUUCUAAACCACUGUGGAAUCUCAUGUGUUUGCUAAUACAAAAGGGUCAGGAUUUACGUUAUCACCGUUACAUCAAUCGUCUGAUACAGCGGCAGCCUCAGGCCAAGGGAAUGCGUAUUUUAACCGGUCACUAUCAUUUGCAUUGCAGCUCCUAUAAAUAUGCUUUAAAUGUGUACGUACCCCUUUACAAGGAACAACCUACCGCCCUAUUAGCCCUCUGCAUAGCGGUCAUAUUUCAACAGAUAUCCAUGCAAAAGAAAGUCUUGCGAAAAUGUGCCGCCGUUAGUCAGUCUGUGGUUUUUGCCCAAAAAUAUGCCGAGUUGAGAUCAACGGCCUUUGCCAUGUCGCCCAACAAUGUUGAUUCAUCUAUGGAGAAUUCUGUGACAUAUCAGGAGAUUAAUUAUAAUCUUGGUCGAAUCUAUCAUCAAUGUGGUCUGUUUCAUUUGGCAGUGGAAUAUUAUGAAAAGGCUUUAAAUUUCACCCACCCUCUGCUGGAAAAACAUGAGAAAAUAUUGAGUUUAAAGCAGGAAAUUGCUUUCAAUUUACAUCUUAUCUAUCGUUCCAGUGGAAAUUUUGCUAAAGCUCGUCAAUAUCUCUAUGAAUAUUGUGUUGUGUGAAAUUUGGGACAGGAUUUGGAGUAUAGCGAGUUAAUGAAGUUUUAGGUUUAGAGGAAAUAAAAUGUAAUUUUAAUGAAAAUACGAAAAUUGCUUUAUUAUUAUUGAUAAUGUUUUCUUAUCAAUUGAAGACCUGCAGAUCAUAUUGUAUAUAAAAAUAUAGAAUAAGAGUAUAUCUUUUCACAUCGUCCAUGAUAGUAGUGUUAUAAGUAGAAAAAAAUGUCAAAGAUCAAGAUACAAUCAAAAACUCCUUAUAUUAAAAUUGGACCUUCUUUCUGUUCAACAAACCCUCGAUCAAAUCCAAUAUAAAUAUACUAGCAACAUUUUCACACUUUUAUUUAAAAAUGCGAGUUUUCAACUCAUAACACAGGCAUUAUGUAAAUACUUUAAAAAAUAAAUUGGUUGUUAACUUCUAGUUCCUGCUUCAA